UUAAUGUGCACCCAGCAUAAUGAGAUCAGUCCUUUGAAUCUCAAAGACAACAACCAAGCAAUCGAGGAAGAGUCGAAUCGAGGAUGCAAAACCCACUAUCAUAUCAAUGGAUGACGAACAAUAACAAAUCGAUCAGACUACUAUCAUCAUUCCUAGGAUUCUUCGAUAUCAAACUAGGAGUCACUAUCAUCUGUCUGAUCUCCUUGCUCAACAAAGUCGUGGGCUUCUACGGUAUCCUGGCCGUCUUUCAUGGCGCUAAUCUCAUCCAAAUCUCAAUGUACUUGUAUAAUAUUCUGACGAUCGGUUUGGUGAUUUAUGGACUACAAGCAACGGGUGAAGAAAAUCCAAGACGAACAUUCAUAUACGCAAAUUCCUUACUAUUAGAUCAUUUGAUUUCGACACUCUAUCUGGUCUACUUUGGCAUAGAAUGGUACUUUAAAAACCCUCAUGAUGGACGACGAGAAGCGCAUGGAGACGCGCAAAAAAAUAUGAUGAAUCCGGAUGCUCCAAGACUCUCACCGGAAUUGAGGAAACAGGCGGCUCAAGCGAUCUGGAAAGAAGAGCAAGGAUUUGCAAGUGGGAUUCUAGGACUAGUGUGGCUAACAAAAUUGUACUUCAUCUUUGUUGUCUAUUCCUUUGCCCUCCAUCUGCGUCGAGGUACCUACACUGCCCUCCCACUCUCCCGACCGCCAUCGACGAUCUCGACUUCUACCCGACUACGAGGCGUCUCUCGUUCGCUCAACCCCAACUCUUCCGCUUACACUUACAGUCAGCUCCGUAAUCCAAAUGGAACUCUCCCGCUCGCCUCCCCCUCCUCCUCUGAUCUCCCCGUCUUUCGCCCUCAGUUGGACGAUAUUCAUCCCCUUGAAAUCCAGUCGGUUCCUACUGAACUUAGCUUAAAUCCUGGCAAAUUAUCUUGAUUCAUCCCUCUGGAAAUUGCUCUUCUCUCUUAUACUGUUACUAUUACUACUAUCUUUCUCUUCCUCUCUUCCUCUAUCUAUCCUAUCCAUUUUUUUUUUGAGAAGCAGACUCACACAGCAUCUCUCCUUUCGACUUCAAAAGUAGUAGCAUACACAUUCAUGUAAGAUGAGUUUUUAUUUGAUCUCGUUGUUCGGGUUCUACUAUUCCGUAUCUCAAGGCAGUCGACUCAAAAGAUAACAAGCAUGCCGGCCGAAAAGGUAGUUAAUAGAAAGAG